AUUUAAGACACGUCGAAUGCCACGUCAGCGACAAGGGUUAGGGCUUGCGAGAAAGAGAACGAUGAUCUACGACGUGAACUCGGCGCUCUUCCGGUCCUUCCUCAGCCAGAAGGGGGGCGCGGCGGAUAAGAGGAAGAAUGAGGAUCAGAAGCCAAAGGAGCAGCGGCCCAAGGCCAGCGAGAACAAGCCGGUGAUGAAUGAGUGAGAGAAUAAGAGUAGCAGUGCAGCAUCCUCCGCAAGGCAAGUGAGAGAGGAUUUUGCUUGCAUUGUGGCGAUGUGCUGUGCUGUGAUAACUCUCUUUAAUUUCUUUUCUUCUUUCUUCUCUUCCUUUGUGGCGUUCGAUCCACUCCUUCUAAGAAAAAACCAGUGCUUUUGAGUAAA